AUGAUCCCCCUCGCGGCGUUGGUCGCUCUCUUGUUCAGCACGCUCGUUCACGCAGACGAAGAUAUCUAUGUCGAUGGUGCCCUUAGUGGUGGAUGGCAGAAUUGGGGAUGGAAUACCGUCGUCGACUUUGCGGCCACUGACCUCAAAGUCGGCGACUCGUCCAUCUCAGCCACUUCCCAGGCCUGGUCCGCUCUUUCUCUAAAGGACCCCGCAACGUUUGGCUCCUACGCGGGUCUCAAGUUUGAUAUUGCUGCCACUCCGAGCCAGCUCCAGCUUUAUCUCGAGAGUACGGCUGAUAGCGUACAAUCGCCAAGUAUUCCAGUUUCUGCCCUCGGCACUGGAAUCAACCCAAACUCUUUCACCACCGUUGUCAUUGACUUUAGUGCCCUCCCGCCAAGUGGCGCUCCUCUCGGAGCCGGAACGUGGGACAGGAUCACCUGGCAGGCCCUCGGCGACGGUGCUACCUAUCACCUGGACAACAUUCAGCUUCUCACGUCGAUCAUUGUUAAACCUCAGUUCCUCAGCGCGGAGCCACUUGCCAACAACCUCAUUGCCGUCACCACUCAGGGUGCUGUCGACUUUAAGAACGUGACCGUCUCCCUCAACAAUACCCCGAUCAAGGUUACCAACAUCACAACGUUUAGUCCCGCAGACACGCCAUCCCGCACAAUCAAUUACCUCAAACUCGCCUCCAACCUCAAAGCGGGAUCGAUCACCAUCAAAGCUGGCACUCUCAACGUCAAUUAUACUUUGCCAGCGGUACAAUAUGCAAGCAUUGUGACUGCGGUCUCCCAGCCUAUCAGCCCUCUUAUCUAUGGUGUCAACUGGCCUACCUCCGCCUCUUAUAUCCAGCAGCUCGGCGUUACACUCAGUCGAUGGGGGGGCAACGCCGUGACGGCAUACAACCCAUUUGGUGAUUUCACCAAUGCGGGUAGUGACUGGUACUUUGAGAAUCGCGAUGGGGGCAAUGCCGACUCGUGGAUUGGCUGGGUCAAGGACGCUGGAAGCAAGGCUAUGAUGACCAUUCCGGGUUUGGAUUGGGUUGCCAAGGAUACGACGUCCUACUCCUAUCCGAAGACAAUUUAUCCCGACCAGCAAAAGUUUGACCCAUAUAAACCCGACGCCGGAAAUGGUAUAUUCCCCAACGGCUCAUACGUCCAGCCACCACCCGAUCCCAACAGAGGCUAUGUCCCCUGGAACACGACUGCUGCGAAGAAGUGGCUCAAGGAGCUCAAGAAUAAACCCGAGUUCUUAUUUGUCGACAACGAGAUCGAGAUUGCGCACGCUACGCAUCAAGAUAUCCAUCCACAACCCGUGUCAUACGACGAGGAGCUCAGCCGUGUGAUCGCAUAUGCCAAGGCGGCGAAAGAGGUGCUGCCAACGACUAACAUUGCUGCUCCCUCCACCUGCGCUUGGUGGUUCUACUGGACGAGUGCCAUCGGCUAUACGGACAAUGCUGCUCACGGAAAUGUCGACUUUUUGCCCUGGUUCUUGGCGCAGAUGAAAUCUGCCUCGACAACUGCUGGCAAGAGGCUGCUUGACUACCUCGACAUUCACUACUACUAUGCCCCGGAUACAGGUGCCAAUGAUGCGGCUGCGAAGGCUCUCCGCCUGCGCAUGACACGCUCGCUCUGGGAUCCCGGAUAUGUCGAUGAAUCGUGGAUUGGUACCAACAAGGAGAACCAUCAACCUAAUCAAAACGCCGUCUGGCUCAUUCCGCGCAUGAAGCAGCUGAUCGCCAGCAACUAUCCCGGCACAAAGCUAUCCAUCUCCGAGUGGUCUUCAAGCAAUGAUGGUGACGUUACCGGUGGCCUCGUCACGGUCGAUACUCUGGGUAUCUUUGGUCGCUACGGCCUCGACGCGGCCACGUAUUGGGCUACACCAGAUGCCAAAGGGCCAGUUGGGUUGGCCUACUGGCUUUACCGUGGAGCCGGAACGUACUUUGGCUCCAAGACUGCACAAGUCAACUUUGCAAACAGCGAUGCGGCGAAUACCUACGGUAUCUAUGCGGCAACGGAGGGUAGCAAGCUAUCCGUGGUGAUCCUCAACAAGGAUACAAAACCACUUAGUUUUGACCUGAGUAAUUUGCCGCACGCUACCUACUUUAUGCGCCAUUUUGGUGGAGCGGCUGGGGUUGCAAAGUGGCAGACAACCGUUUCGAUCACGAACCGCCAGUAUAUCGUCGUUCCGUCGUAUACCGCCGUUUUCCUUCGCCAAGCGUAG